AUGGAAGCUGUAGCCAGAGACGGUGUUCCCCGUAACCAAGGCGUGACGGACGAUUUGUACACUGAACUGUGGCGUGCAUGUGCGGGGUCUUCAGUUUAUGUUCCUCGCGUUGGAGAGAGGGUUUUCUACUUCCCUCAAGGUCACUUGGAGCAGGUUGUUGCAUUUACUCAGCAUCAGCAAGAUGGUCACAUGGAAAUUCCUGUGUAUGAUUUGCCUUCCAAGAUCUUAUGCAGGGUUGUGUGUGUUCAGUUACAGGCCGAAACUUACACUGAUGAGGUUUUUGCUCAAGUUACACUAGUUCCGGAGCCUAGGCAAAAUCACCUUGGUUUAGAGAACGACGAUAAUCAUGUUCCUGGCAGAGCUGCAACCUACGCCUUUAGUAAAGUACUCACUCCAUCAGACACAAGUACACAUGGUGGAUUCUCUAUUCCGAAGAGACAUGCUGAUGAAUGCUUCCGUCCCCUGGACAUGACUCAUCAAACACCUGCGCAAGAAAUUGUUGCGAAGGACUUGCACGGAUUUGAGUGGCAUUUUCGACACAUAUACCGCGGUCAGCCGAAGCGACACUUGCUGACUAGCGGUUGGAGCACAUUCGUGAAUGCAAAGAAACUUGUUGCUGGAGAUUCAUGUAUUUUUGUUAGUGGGGAGUAUGGAGAAGUUCGUGUUGGAAUUCGUCGGGCAACUAGACAUCACAGCAAUGCAUCCCCGUCUUCGUCUCUGAUAUCGGGUCAUAGCAUGCAACUCGGAAUUUUGGCUAGUGCUUCCCAUGCUGUUGCCACAGGAUCCAUGUUCACUGUCUAUUACCAUCCUUGGAAGAAUCCCUUUGAAUUUAUUAUUCCUUUGCAAAAGUAUUUGAAGUCAACUAUACCCGACUAUUCAAUUGGAACGAGAGUACAAAUGCAGUGUGAUGUUGAAGAGUCUUUAAGAAGAUAUGCAGGUACGAUAAUUGGUAAUGAAGUUAUUGACAGCAUUAGGUGGCCUGGUUCUGAAUGGAGAUGUCUGAAGGUGCAAUGGGAUGUCAUAGUAGAUUUCUUCUUGCACCCUGAAAGGGUUUGUCCUUGGUGGAUUGAGACCUUGGAAUCUUCCAAGGAGCCUCACAUUCCUGUUCUCCCCAACUCCAAAAAGGCACAUCUACUUAACCAGCGCCCUUUGCCUGGAUUAAGUGUCUUUGCCAUGGAUGAUGUUGUUCAGAAUUCAGCCAAGCCGGCUUCUCACCCUCACAGAGCGCAUAGGGACUUGCAAGGACAAGAUUACAGUGGCCUGUGUACUUCACGGCCUUUUCAAAGACCACCAUCGAAGUUCUCAAUCGGUGGCUCACAAUUUGGGAAGGAGAAUCUGAAUCAGCUUCCCUUUCUCAUGCAAGAUCUUCUUCAUAAAUCUAUUGGAAGAUCAAAUUCAUUGCCCCAUGAAGACUUGUCAAUUUCAAGUUCAAAUUUAAGCUCCAUUUGUUCUGAAUCUUUGGGAUGGCCACCUUCUGAAUCUAGAAAUGAAAAUGAUGCACCCUUUGGUCAUCUUGGCAGUUGUAGUAAAUACAAGCUUUUUGGAGUUAGCUUGAUUGACCGCCAGCCGGAGCUCCCUUCACCACAACGCGCUGGUUUCAGCAAGACUUCAAGUCUGCUUUCUAGUCCUCCAACGUGUGUUACCUCCGAGAAAACAUGUAAAAAGUGUCACUCUGUCAACAAUCGCAGCUGCACAAAGGUGCUUAAGCUGGGAACUGCUCUUGGAAGAGCAGUUGAUCUCACCCGUUUUCAUGGAUACGAUGAACUCAUUGCUGAGCUCGACUCGAUGUUUGAUUUUGGAGGAAGCUUAAGCAAUGGAAGCAGUGGAUGGCACGUGACCUGCCUAGAUGAUGAUGGAGACAUGAUGGAUUUCCAGUGUAUGGUGCAAAAGAUGAUCAUAUGCCAAAAGGAUGGGAUUAACAAUCUCAAUCCAAGCUCCUCAGCAGAUCCUCCAAGCCUUCAGUGA